CUCGAACGGUACUUUUCCCGUUUGAAGAAUCCCAAACUUCGGGACGAAGGGGAGACUGUACGCCGAGAUAGGAAAGGGCGUAUCAUUUCUGAACAAGCGUUGAAAGACGGCUUUCAUAUCAACUCCACGAACGCCACCGACAAGCCAUCGAAGGAGGUCACAGAAAACGGGAGUAUUGCACGCAGUCGUCGUUCUCGGUCUCUCGGCUCGUCAGCACUUACUGGUCAACCUCGGCGAUCCCCGACCGGUACCACCACCACCACAACUGUUGUUCGUCGUUCGAGAUCGAAAGCCCAUUUGUCCGCAACCGGCACGCAACGGACUAACAGCUCGCGUAUUCGAGUGCAUACUCAGCACCACAAUCGUUCAGCUGCGGCCCAGCGAAGAAAACAGAGACGGAAACGGGCGGAUUCCGAACUCAGUUAUGCGUUACGUACUAAAUUGAAUGCAUCAGAUACUCCACCAACAAAGACCAAGCUCAGCAAAUCCCGUCGUUUGCACCGUACUAUUGUGGAUGGUCGACUUGCUUCAUUAUCUCUCAGUUCGGAUGCUCGACUUUUAGCGUCCUCGGCAUCCGAAUCUAAUAUAGAAUCGUGUCUUGGUACUGUGAGUAGCGGACACACUACUCCCUCGGGAUCGACAUCAGUUUCAUCCGUUGGUUGCGCGCAUGACGAUAGUCACGCCAGCUCUGAACCAGAUCGUGAGACAGACAAGCCGUCUACUUCCAGUGUCUAUUCUCCCUCAGAGGAAGCCCAUUCUAAUCAUAUACCUGCAAACCGUAAUCGUACUGUGGGUUGGAAUUCAGCUUAUUCGUCUUCCUCGUCCUCCUCGUCGUUUGUCUCUUCCUCUCUGCCCUCAUCUAUCGCACGCUCACCUCCACUGAUAGCCGGGGACCGAACGUCUAUGGAGCCGAGCACUGUUGUUCCAUCUGGACCUUCCAUUACCACAGACUCGAAUGAAGGCUCUCGUAAAGAUUCCGAUCAACCGCCUAUUCGAAUCACCCUGUCCCUCUCCGCGGCAAAAACGGUCAAACCUGACACAUCCUCAGGUGAUUCCGAGGCCGAUAAGACUCUUACUGCUGAACCCGAACCCAAACCUGAACAAGGUGAUUCGAGCGUAGCGCGACGUCGUGCGGUUCGCAAGUGUCGUCAAUUACCCCAGCCGUCUCACUCACCUGCACAGUCCUCGGUGAAGUUUUGCGGCCUCGGUUCUAGACGUCCCGGUCGUGGGAGACCAACUAUGCUUCGUUCUCGUCGAUCACCUAACGGUCGGUCAGUAUUGAUUCCUCCGAAGCGAAGUCCAUUUAACCGCGGCCGUCUAGAUGGUAACAGUCAUAUUGACACAUUGCAUGCACAAACAGUGGCACAAAUACGAGUUUCUAAACCGGGUCCCAACCAACCAUAUGGACUGAAUGAUCCGGUUAUGUCCUCGUUUACAUGCCAUUAUCAGCCGAUAAAUUUGGAAUCACUGCAAAAAGCCAGAUUGNCUUCGGAUUCGAACAUUGGACAUUCUGAACAGGCGGUUCCGUUCGCGUUGACACAGUACCUGGAACUAACCAAGCGAGUUUUCAUGGAUCAUUUGACGGCAAUCCGAUCACCAGCCUACGCGGAUCUGGUGCGACAACAGUUGGCUGUGGAACGAGCUCGGCAAGCCGAACUGCUAGCUCGUAAACGAAUGCUCGAGGACAACAUCAAACGAUUGCACUCGGACGGCUGUGAUCUUUUGCGCAAUUUUACAAAACGCCUUGGCAUUCUGAUCAGCACGCCUUCGGCAUUUUUCGCUCAAGCUCGCAAACUGAUCAAACAUCACCAUAUGCUGGAAGAUAAGAUCACAGAGUUCCGGAAUGAAAUUUCACAAUUAUCAAAUGCAAAUCAAGAAUUAGUUCGACGCCAUCAAAUUGAAGCCGCUCGGCUCCUGUCUACUGCGUUACAUACCACUCGAUCGUCUGCUGUACACAACCCACCGGCAAAUCACGAGUGUAGAACAUCUGACUGCGGACAAUCAUCAACUAUUCCGUCGUUGUACUGUUCGGUUUCAGCGCCACUGACGACGACAACGUCUGCUGUUAAUACUGGCGGUGACACCAUUCUAUGUGUUCCUCCCUCCAAUCCACCCUUGUUGACACAUGUCCCUCCAGUGUGUCCCAUUGGGUCCUCUCGAACGCAGUCCGGAAAGUCUCGUUCGGUUCAUCGUGUACGACGGUCAUUACCUCGGCUCUCGCCCCAAUCCACUGUCCCUUUAUCCACGUCUACUACGGAGUUUUCUCAUUCAAACCUACCAACUGAAGCUCCUACUCUGUUCCGUUCCCCAGAAGAACCUGUUAGGUUUAGCAGUUCACGUACUAUACCACCCCCACCGCCUUUACUUCCCAUGCAUAAUUCUCAUAACACGCCGUACUCCUAUGCGAAUUCAUCCGUUUCUUGUUCCGGCUCUUUCAAGGCUGAACGGUCUGUUUCUAUUGAGUCCAACUUGCGUGCACCGGCAUUGCUGACUGGUCGGUCAAAAUCCAUGCAUGCAUCACUGCAGGAUUUAAUCAUAGACGAGUUCUCGCGUCCCAAGUUAACUUACACUGCACCUCAAUUAAUCAGCUCAAUCCAUGACCCGAGUGCAACUACAUCGUCAGCAGUCGCGGUGUCUUCCUCGAUGCACAUCCAUUCACUUCCACCACGAAAACGUGCAUGGAGUGUGACCGAUCCAGAGCAUUCUUGGGCCAAAUAUUCUCGUCUCCAGCCAUCUGCCUCGGUUUCCCAGGCGUUCCCAUCCAGUCCACCUGCUCUGUCUCCCGUCUCGGUUAUAUCACCGGAUGACGGGGAUAUGGUUGGCCCCCUGUCAUCCACAAUAACCACCCGUUCUGGAUUGCAUGAAGGUCAAAGAUCACCCUUAAGAACUUUGUCCAAUCCAUCUGAGGCGCGUGGUGUUCCUCCUCCGCUCUUGUAUGCCACUGAAUAUCCUCCUUGUUCAUCUUUGUCUAGCACACCAAUCUCGUUGCCUUCUGUGCCCUUCGUGGCCACAUCCGCUCUGCGUUCUUGA